GUAUGAGACAUUCACUGUGCGUGAAUUGCAAUGGGAAUAGCAAGCGACAUAAAUGUAACUCCUACGUGAACAAAAACAACACAACCCUAAAGUUACGCUGUCAGCGGCUAAAUUUCUAAUGUUCUCUGUGAGGGUGCGUGGUUUUUAUUUUGUUUUCAGGAGACAAUGAUCGAUUCCAAGUUUCAAACAUCUCCUCCAAGGAGCCCUACCUCAUCAACCAGUAGUUUUAGAGCGGGUUCUCCUCUUCCCACACCUGCUGUGUACAGGCAGGACUGUAUGUCAGCAGCAGCAAAGCGGUACAAAUAUCUACGAAGGUUAAUCAAAUUUCAACAGAUGGACUUUGAGUUUGCUUUUUGGCAAAUGUGGUACCUUUUUAUGGCACCCCAGAAAGUUUAUCGAAAUUUUCACUAUAGAAAAGAAACUAAGUCUCAGUUUGCUCGAGAUGAUCCAGCAUUUUUGGUUCUCUUAAGUGUGUGGCUGUGCGUAUCUUCCAUUUGGUUUGCCUUUGUGUUAGAUCUAAGUUUUGGGCAUUUCAUCAAAUUUCUAUUUUAUGUGAUAUUUGUUGACUGCAUUGGAGUGGGUCUUGUUAUUGCCACAUUUUUCUGGUUUGUCACCAACCGAUAUCUGCGAAGGGACUCUUGUCAAGACCAAGAUGUUGAGUGGGGCUACGCAUUUGAUGUUCAUCUCAAUGCCUUCUUUCCACUUUUCGUUAUAUUGCAUGGAGUCCAAUUGUUAAUUUGGAACAUUUUUCCAGCCCUCAUCAGUCAUCCCAUGUUUAUUUCAACAUUUUUUAGCAAUACCCUUUGGGCUGUAGCACUUUGGUAUUAUGUUUAUAUAACAUUCCUUGGAUACAGCUGUUUGCCCAUUCUUCAAAACACACAUGUUCUGUUAUAUCCCAUGACAGCCAUGUUUGUUGUGUAUGUGGUUUCAAUCACCAUCGGAUGGAAUAUGUGUAUAAAUAUGAUGGAUUUCUACAGAAAUAGGCUUUAGUGUUAGUAUGGAGAGGUCUUGGAAGAAUUUCAUCAGUAAAGGACAGAAAUUGUCAGGUUUGAAUUUCAACUUUCUGAUGUUCUCCAAUUUUUUGAGGAGAAAAUAUUACACAAAUCUGUCACACUUACAAAUCUUUAACUCUUAGAGGCUGAAAACAAUAUGUGUAGUUUGUACAAGUAUCUCUACCUUUUUAUUUGUCAUUGUUGAAUUGAAUUCAACAAUAACAAUAAAUUAAACUUAUGCUGUGCUUUACUGGUCAGAUAAAAACUGCCUCAGCCGUGCACCUUGCGGUACUCUUUUGUUUUCCAUCUAAACAUGAAAUUUGUCUUAACUUAUUGGUACAUAGAAUUAUGUUGUGAGGUAAUUAAUUAAAACCUACUUAGUGUCCGCUCAUUUGUGGCUUAUGUAUAAUUUCCUAAAGAAUAAUCAACCAUUAUACCUA